CGCGCGACCGGCGAUGCUGGGGGGCAGCUCCAGGGCUCCGGAGUGCGAGGCGGAGGGCGGCGGGGCGGGGGCUCUGCCCGCGCCGCCUGCCAUCGAAUUCCCAGCCGAGGGCUCGGACCCCAAGUACGAUGAAUCUGAUGUUCCAGCAGAACUCCAGGUGUUAAAAGAACCCCUACAGCAGCCAUCUUUCCCCUUCGCAGUUGCAAACCAACUAUUGCUUGUUUCUUUGCUGGAACACUUGAGCCAUGUGCAUGAACCAAACCCUCUUCGUUCAAGACAGGUGUUUAAAUUACUUUGUGAGACCUUUAUCAAAAUGGGACUGCUGUCUUCUUUCACCUGUAGUGACGAGUUCAGCUCAUUAAGACUGCAUCACAACAGAGCUAUCACCCAUUUAAUGAGGUCAGCUAAAGAGAGAGUUCGUCAGGAUCCUUGUGAAGAUAAUUCUUAUAUCCAGAAGAUCAGAUCAAGGGAUAUAGCCUUUGAAGCACAAACUUCACGUUACUUAAGUGAAUUUGAAGAACUUGCCAUCUUAGGAAAAGGUGGAUAUGGAAGAGUAUACAAGGUCAGAAAUAAAUUGGAUGGCCAAUAUUAUGCAAUUAAAAAAAUACUGAUUAAGGGUGCAACUAAAACAGAUUGCAUGAAGGUACUACGGGAAGUGAAGGUGCUGGCGGGUCUUCAGCAUCCUAAUAUUGUUGGUUAUCACACUGCUUGGAUAGAACAUGUUCAUGUGGCCCAAAUGCAAGCAGAUAGAAUUUCUAUUCAGUUGCCAUCCCUGGAAGUGAUCUCUGACCAAGAGGAUGGCAGUGAUCAAUAUGAUGUUAGAAGUGAUGAAAGUAAUAGUCCAUCCAUCAUCUUUGCUGAGUUUGCUUCAGAGAACAAAAAAUCCUUUGGAGGACUGGAGCAUCAGAAUAACAGAUUGGUGAACUACACCAGCAAUUUAGUCACGAGAAAUGCCAAUGAAUUUGAGUCAUCUCUGGAACGCCAAGAGAGUGACUUGGCUGACUUGUCUUCCAGAUCAAUUGUUGAACAUCAUCUGCCACUUAGACAUAAGUCAGAUUUAGGAGAAAUUUCCUCAUCCAUGGAGGAAUCUUCUGAAGAAAAUUUAAAUUUGCUGGGACAGACAGAGGUGCAGUACCACCUGAUGUUGCACAUCCAGAUGCAACUGUGUGAGCGCUCGCUGUGGGACUGGAUAGUGGAGAGAAACCAGCGGGGACGAGAAUGCAUGGAUGAAUCUGCGUGUGGUCAUCAUAAACAGGAAAAGUCUGAGAAACUGUCACAGACCAGAGGAGCCUCAAGAGACAUGACAACUAAAUGUAAUGUGAUAUCCUGGAUGGAAUCCUGGGACAGAAAAAGGACAUUAGGUCCUUACGUUAUGGCCAAUGUUGCAACAAAAAUCUUUCACGAAUUGGUGGAAGGUGUGUUUUACAUACAUAACAUGGGAAUUGUGCACAGAGAUCUGAAGCCUAGAAAUAUUUUUCUUCAUGGCCCUGAUCAGCAAGUGAAAAUAGGAGACUUUGGUCUGGCCUGCACAGACAUCAUCCAGAAGAACACAGGCUGGACCAGCAGAAAUGGGAAGAGGACAGCAGUACACACUUCCAGAGUGGGCACUUGUCUGUACGCUUCACCUGAACAGUUGGAAGGAUCCGAGUAUGAUGCCAAGUCAGAUAUGUAUAGCUUGGGUGUGAUCCUGCUAGAGCUUUUUCAGCCAUUUGGAACCGAAAUGGAGCGAGCACAAGUUUUAACAGGCUUAAGAACUGGCCAGAUACCUGAAUCCCUCAGCAAAAGGUGUCCCGUCCAAGCCAAGUACAUCCAGCAGUUAACUGGAAAGAACUCAUCCCAGAGACCGUCUGCUGUUCAGCUGCUGCAAAGCGAACUUUUCAAAAAAUCUGGAAAUGUUAAUCUCAGUCUACAGAUGAAGAUACUCGAGCAAGAAAAAGAAAUCCAAGAACUAAAGAAGCAGCUAAGCCUUCUUUCUCAAAAUAAAGGGGUUAAGGAUGACAUGAAAGAUGGUGGUGUGCCUGGCUAGCCUUAAUUAGGCUAUAUAAACAUAAAAGUGGACUUAAACUAUCUAACUGAAUCAACUGGAAUGUAAAUUCUCAAUAUUUAUUAGGAUAUAAAUGAUAUGAUACUUAAUUCAUUUAGUAAUAAACGUGUACAAGCAGCCUUAUUAAAUUGAAGUUGUAAAAGUACUCCUAAACUACUUCCUUAGUAGUCCUUUGUAAUGACCUAGCAUUUUGAAGUUAAGACUGCUCUAAAUGAAACCUGUUGUGCCCUUCCCUCCCUUCUGCUGUCCCGUAAGCUGAGUCCUGGAUUUCUUGCUUUAGUAUCACUGUCCAUCCAGCCUCCGGAACAAUAUAUUUAGACAUUGGCCUCAAUUCUUUCUCCUUUGAUUUCUGCUGACCACCAAGUCCUCCUCUAGAAGGUUCUGCUGAAUCUGAGUACUCACCCCACCCAUCACUGCCCAAGCCCAGGCCUGCAUACUAGCUAGAGUCUUCCAGUUUUGAUAGCUGCCAAUCUUCCUAACCUUUCACACCACUGCCAAAGACCCAGAAAGACACCUAGCGGUUCACUCCCUGGCUCAAAAGCGUCUGCUGGUUCUCAUCUGCCUUGAAGACAGUUUAACUUCUUUGCACUGUAUACACACACACAUUCCAACUUACUCCUAUUCUCAUCACCUUCAACUUGGCAUCACUUCCAAAGCCAUGUCCUUCCAAAGCCUUCUACUUCUUGGCCCCAAAUGAUCUCAAAACAGCUUUGAGAUCAGCGUUCCUGGCUGUCCUCACUGCCCCCACACUAUGCUCUCCUAUUUGUAGUACCCGACUCCCCGCCAGUCCCUAUUCCUCAAAGGCGGGGAGGAGAUAUACUCAUCUGGGUAUGCCGAAGUGCCUGCCACGUACUGACAGCUGUCACGGUACAUGAUAUUCCAUUUCAAAUGAAACAACCACAAGUGAUGUGCUGCUUUUAUUGAUAUUUGACAAUUGGCCUAAAUAAAGACUGAUUUUAUUACAAGUCCCAAUACCA